AUGAAUUGCUUCUGGAGUACAAUACUGUACGGUAUAACAGGCAUUGUGAUCACUGGUGUAGCAUUGCUAGUAGCGAUCCAGGAUAGAUUGAUUUACGUUCCUGUUGUUCCAGGACUCACAAGGUCUUAUCCGAUCACUCCGUCUCGUCUUCGCCUUUUUUAUGAGGAUGUUUGGCUGACAUCUUCUGAUCAUGUUCGUCUGCAUGCCUGGUUCAUUAAGCUCAAUGCCGAUCACCGAGGGCCAACUAUCAUGUUCUUCCAAGAAAAUGCUGGAAAUAUUGCACACCGGCUUGAGAUGGUGCGCAUGAUGUUACAGAGACUGCAAUGCAAUGUUUUUAUGCUUUCUUAUAGAGGAUAUGGUGCUAGCGAGGGCUUCCCAUCUCAGCAGGGUAUCAUUAGAGAUUCCCAGGCUGCAUUAGAUCAUCUGAUUCAGAGGACAGACAUUGACAAAUCUAGUAUAGUAGUGUUCGGAAGGUCACUCGGAGGUGCAGUUGGAACUGCACUGUGUAAAAACAAUCCGGACAAGGUUGGUGCAUUGAUACUGGAGAACACCUUCACAUCUAUUCUAGGCAUGGCUGGCAUUUUGUUACCUUUUCUGAGGUAUUUUAUUGGUGGAAGUAGUUCAAAGGGCCUUAAGGUUCUGAAUCAUUUCGUCCGUUCUCCUUGGAAUACCAUUGAUAUUGUUGGGCAGGUCAAGCAGCCGAUUCUUAUGCUUUCUGGGCUAGACGACGAGGUAGUUCCUCCAGAACACAUGCAGAUGUUAUAUGCCAAAGCAGCUCCACAUAACAAGCGAUGCAAAUUUGUUGAAUUUCCUGAUGGCAUGCAUAUGGACACAUGGCUCUCGGCCGGUGAUGAGUACUGGACAACCAUCCAGCAGUUCUUGGAAGAACAUAUACCAGAGAAAAAAGAAGGUUCUUCAGUUGCAAGCCUGCAUAAGUCUAGUUCUAUUUCUCAUCUAUAAAAUUUAUAUAAAUCGCCUAACCAAAUAAUAGCAAAUACACCAAGUCUUCCUGCAAAGUCAAUUACAAAUUUGCACAUAUCAUUUGUAGACACAAAAUUAUAACACUAUAUCUGAAAUUCUCUAGUUUUUUUAUCAUGCAGGCCAAUGAUUCCGCAUUAUAAACACUUCUAGUUUACUUGCAUUUGCGUUUGAGGAAUUUUCCCAGUACGAAGAUCAGGUCCAUGGACUAGCUACCUGUCAAUCUCUAUCGUGGCUGUUUUACACACAACUAGUGGUGAGAUGGAAUAGAAGAUAAGAUUAUUCAGAUGUUUUUAAAGAAGGAUCUGAAGACAACAUAUGUGGAGGAGGUUCGGGGGAAUAUGCUCAAGGUAGAUUCUGAGGAUCCUGCGACAAAUGUUAGGCUCUCACAUGUCAUCGAGUGGUAGUCCCUCGUCGAGCCAGCUAACUACCUGGUAUUGAAGAAUUUCCGUGAUUGUUUUUGUUGAGUAGGAGUUAGUGUUGCGUAUCAGCAGAGACCAAACUAUGAACCAGCGAUUAAACUUUCAUUGUUUCGACUUUAAUACUGUGAUCUAAAGGUAAACUAAAUCAAUGAGUUUACGUGCUCUGACAAUUUCUUAUGAUGUUCACAAAUGUUUUGGUCUUGUGAAUUACUAGUAAUAUACAAUUGAGAGAGAUUCGUAGAGUUCACUUUGACAGCCCUGGCAUGUUUAGCUUUGCAGACUUUUGUGUCAUUUACGUUCAACAACAGAAUUCUUAGUUUCGGAAACCAACUUGAAGGGUUUGACCCAGGU